AUGGAAGCUUAUGUCACUCUAGUAGCUACUGAUUCGUACGCUGCUGGAGCACUCGUUUUGGCUCAUCGAUUGAGAGAUCUCGGCUCAAGCAAGGAAAUCGUCUGCCUGGUGACACCCACUAUUUCGAGUCAAGUUCAGAAGAUAUUGUCAAAUAUCUGCACGCUUGUUCAAGUAGACACAUUGCGCUCAUCCGACCAUAAGAACCUCCAACUGCUUGGGAGACCUGAAUUGGACAUUACCUUCACCAAGAUACAGCUGUGGAAGCUGACACAGUACAAGAAGAUUGUGUUUCUGGAUGCGGAUACAUACCCAAUUCAAAAUAUCGAUCAGUUGUUUGAGAGACCAUCGUUUUCAGCUGCACCUGAUGCUGGAUGGCCUGAUUGCUUCAACAGUGGCGUGUUUGUUGCGGAACCAAGUGAUGCCGUUUAUAAUGGAUUGUGUCAACUGGCUAAUGACAAAGGGUCUUUUGACGGCGGCGAUCAAGGACUUUUAAACAGUUUCUUCAGUACAUGGCCAACGUCGCCGGAGCAUCGUCUGCCAUUCACGUUCAACACAACGCCAACAUCGCAAUAUGGAUAUGCACCUGCCCAAAACGAAUUUGGUCAAAACAUAUCCAUUGUGCAUUUCAUUGGAGAAAACAAGCCCUGGAAGUACCAGAGAUUUGCGGACGGUAGAGUAUUGCCCUUGGGGAGCACUUGGGAGGGGACGAAGCAUAUGAUCCAAGCAUGGUGGAACACAUGGGACACGUAUUACGGUCAAACUUCACCCUACCAUUUACUCUCCGGUGAAUUAGAUGACACGUUUGAUGAUGGUUUUCAGACUCGCCCUAUUGUGCCUUUCGACGAAAACGUCAAGAAUGCCUGGGAUGAUCAGCCAGUGGAUUGGGAUCAUCAUCGUAGACAGAUUCAGCCUAUGCCACCCAUCUCAUCCAUCACCAUUGGUCAACCAGAUUGGCUAGUCCAGGAAGCUGAACGCAGAAGACAGCUAGAGGAACAGGAACAGGCUAGACAUGAAGCUGAAGAGCAAAGACGACAUCAAGAGGAAAACAGACGUCGGGAGGAAGAGGAAAGAUCUCGGGAAGAACAAGAAACGAGAAACCAUGAGCAUCAUCACGACCACCACCACGAGGAGCAUUAUCAUCACGACCAUCAUCAUGACAAUUACCAGGGUGAAGAUGAUUCACAUGUGCAACAGCGCCAUAAAGACCAACAGCAUCAUCACCGCUAUGAAGAGCAUCAUCAUCAUCAAGAGCAUCAAGCACCUAAAGAAUACUCCAUGAUUGAAUGGGAUCCCGCACAUCAGGAACCACCCAACACGGGAAGUCUUGGAGCUGAUAUUCCCGAUUUAUCAUCAUUUAGAAAUGUGUGGGACCAACCUCGUAACGAGCAGCCAAGUCGUUGGGUAGCACCACUGCAUCUACCUGAACCCCGAAUCAUGACAAAGCCAGAGUAUGCUCACUACAACCCUCAUGAUUACGCCCCUGAUGCCUAUUAUGCUCCCAUUCACCAUGAAUUUAAUCCUCCUCCCGCUCCAGCUGAGCCUGAACCAGAGCCAGUGGUUCAUCAUCAUCAACACUAUGAAGAGCCUCAAUAUCCUUUUUGUUUUCCCUGGGACAACAAACCUGAACAUUUCCCACCUCCUACUCGUGUUUGGCAAGAUGAACAACCUCCGCCACAGCCAGAGGAACCAGUGUAUCAUCACCAACCAGAAGAACCUAAUCAUCAUCAAGAUCAUGAUAAUCAUGUCCAUGAAGACCAUCAUCAUCAAGAACAGCAUCACGAAGAGCACCAAGAGGUACCGCCAGAACCUCAUCACGAACAGCACAAUCUUAGUAUUGUCAUUGACCAUCAUGACAGACAGGAUACUGAACAUGCAGUUCAACAAGCAUCUGAAACUCAUCACCAUGCACGAGCACAAGAGGAAGAAAAGACGCCAUCGCCUGUUAUUGAACAACCACGACAACAGCAAGAUGAGGAGUUCUGGGAGGAAAAUGAACAACCCACGUUUGCUAUCGAUGCUAUGAUGAGUCCAUCUGCUCAAAGCAAAAUCGAUGAAUUUAUUGCAUCUUUGAGUGAGGGCGAGGAUGAAGAAAUCUCUGACCGUGAUUUGAUUCCCAUCAAGUUCAAGCCGACAAGCCGUUUGUCUGGCAUGUUUACACCAUCUCCCUCUGGAAGCAGAGUGAAUAGUCGUGCAGGUAGUCGAUCCAAUAGUCGAAGUGGCAGUAGACGAGCCAGUGUAUCCAGUAGUAGGCGCAACUCGGUCAUUGCCAUUAAUAAGCCAUCACCUUCUCUGACACAACCACAACAAUUCUUGUCAGGCAGUAUCAUUGCUGCUCCCACAUUCACGAUACCUGAUGAUAACGAUACUACUGCUCAACAAUCACAAAAGCUGUUUGCUGCUUCAUCUGCCAUGUUCAGUCGUAAAACGCCCUACACAUCUGCUGCUGUUACACCGGCCAUUGGCUUGACACCCGAAGAAUUUGGCGCUGAUGGCUACUUUGAUGAUCCAGAAGAGGAAGAGGGACGAGAGCAAGAAGAUUUCACUUUUAUGCCUGAUUUUUUGAACGAGGCUCAAUACUCUUUGAAUGAAUCUUUGUUUGAAUCUACCACCAGUGAAGAAUGGGAUCCCUUAAACGCAUUGAACAAGCUCAAGGAACAUAGCGAGAGUAUGGUGCUUCGCCAGUCGUUGCAAGAGGCCCUGGUUAAAACAGCCAAGGAACAACAAGAAAAGGAAGAAGCAGAGCUUGCUGCUACUACUGCUACUGCUGACGAGCUUGUUCCCAUGGCAACCACUACUACUGCCACUACUACUGAAGCUCCUGCCUCCUCUGAAUUCAUUCCCAUCAACAAGACACCUAGCAAAAAGAAAAAAUACGCAUUCAAAUCUACCUGGGACGAUGAAGAAUAUGAUCUACCCAGUGCGCUUGUUUCUGGUGAGUCCUCUCCUCGCACUCCUAUUGCUCGUAGUAUGUCAUCCUCGGACCUCACCAAGGAAAUUGAAAUGGAAAAGGAGCGUUACAAGCAGCAACGUGCUUCUCUCAUGUUGGCUCAACCACAAGCUGCUGUUGCAUCCAUGCUGGAAGCUGAACUAGACUUAUCUCGAGGUACACUAUUCAAGAGACGUUACUAUGAUGCUUCCAACGAUCAUCAAGUCAAUGCCAUCCAGUCAGCUGAACGCAUCACGCAAGAAACAAGUGAGCUUAUUGAAAGCGAAAGCGAUGAUGAGGAAGAUGCUACUGAUUUCAUUGCUUAUUAUGACGAUUAUGUGAUCCAAGAAGCGCAAAAGAGACUGAGAGCCUUGGUCACUGGUGAGGAAGUCGAUACUUCCACAGAGAUGCCUGAACCCAUCGGUGGACCUAAAUACAACAACAACGACAACAUGAAAAGCAAGAGACCAUCUCAUAUGUAUCAAUACGGUGAAGCCAAGGAGCCUCAGCCAUUGAGUUUAUUAUGGAACAGUCAAUCCUAUACAUCUAAUUUUGGCUUUGACGCAAAGCAUAAGCUACCCAUCUACCAAUCUGAUUUGAUACCAGCCGAAGAUGUUGCUGAAGAAAUCAAGUCUUUGAGUGCUGAAAUUGUUAUAAAGGAAGAUCCCUAUACGAAGAAGCAUAGACUUGCAAAGGAGGAGGAAGAGCGAAAAUUAAAGGCAGAGCAAGAAAAGCUAGAGGAGGAGAGAUUGUCAGAGGAAAAGAUGGAGGACGAGGAGAAUGCUAAAGCCAACAUUGAUGAUGCCAACUUAACACUGGAUGAAACCAAGAUUGAUUCUGUUCUCUGCAAGUCAGAUAACCCACCAAAGAAAGAAAGCAAAAGCGAAGAUAACUCAUCUGUAAUCACUACCACAAUUGUUACAACACCUACGAAAGACCUUGAAGACAUCAUCAAGUCGAACAAGAGCAAGGCCACAGAGUCUACACUGACAAUUAAUACAUUAGAAAUCCCAGAUGUUCCUGCCAACACUGGCAUUAUAUCUCUUGAGUCACCUACUCCCAUUCAAACGGUCAACAAAAAGCAGCCUACUCUCACUCAUCAAGCAUCCUCAUCCUUAUCUACCUCAAACAUUAGCAGCUCAACUACAACAUCUAGACACUCAUUCACAUCUUAUACUGUAACAUCCACAAAAGAAGCAUCCCAAACAACCACCAAAAAAAGCAAUGCCUCUUCUCUAUCUAAUAGAACCAGUAAAAAAUAA